GUUUGACCGAUUUUUGAUAUCGUGUUUUAUUUACAAAUCGCUUUGCAUCAUGCGUGUCUAAUGAACAACCAUCAAAACAAUUUGCUGUCAAAAAAAUAAUAAUUUAGCGAAAAGAAGAAAAGUGAGAAGUUUCUGAAUCACACAGAUGAAUCUAAAUAGAGGAUUUAUGCUUGGUGUUCAGAAGCUUUAACAGAUGAUCUCUCAAGAUUUUUUGUGAGCAUUUAAUCAAAAUGAAACUGGAUAUAAUACUGAUUACAGUUUUUCUGAAACUCUUACCAAUCUACUGCACUCCUACGGAGCCUGUAAUAUAUGGCAUUCUCCCAGAUAUCUAUAAUUCAAUCACUGAUAAUAUCAUUGUACUUCCUUCAAAUAAACCUGUUCAUCUUAGUAUGUUUGGCUUGAAAAUGGAUUAUAUUAGUCAUAUUGCCUUUGCUUCAAUUAAAAAACCACGUAAUUCAUCAUGUGAACACGAACGUGUAACUAGUUCAUUUGAUGCUUUGCCAGAAAAUUCUUUUGUCAGUACCAGUAUAAUUAGUCUACGCGAGUUGUCCACUAACGAGGUCGCUUUUUUUCUAUGCAUUCGUGUCACUCCUACUUCAUUACCGAAAACUGACUCUUCUCCAAAUCAUACCAAUAUUGAUGGUAAAUGGAUUUUUGCUGGCGAUGGUGGUGGUACUGACAGUGUAUCGGAUUAUCGUUUAUCAUUUCGAACUACAACUACUCUCAUGCCUUUAUGGGUUCAAAUAAUUUUAAUUAUAUUAUUAUUUUUUCUUUCGGGCUUAUUCAGUGGUUUAAAUUUAGGUUUAAUGUCUCUUGAUAAAACUGAAUUGAAAAUUAUUGAAAGCGCUGGUUCACACAAUGAGAAAAGUUACGCAAAAGCUAUUCGCCCUGUACGAGAAAAAGGAAAUUUAUUAUUAUGUACGCUUUUAUUAGGUAAUGUUCUUGUUAAUACUUCAUUAACAAUUCUAAUGGAUGAUUUAACUGGUAAUGGUUUGUUUGCUGUAAUUGGAUCUACAAUUGGUAUUACAUUGCUUGGCGAAAUUAUGCCGCAAGCUGUAUGCUCACGUAAUGGAUUAGCUAUCGGUGCUAAAACACUUUGGUUAACAAAAUUGUUCAUGUUACUUACAUUUCCUAUUGCAUUCCCUAUAAGUUUUCUAUUGGAUAAAAUAUUGGGUGAAGAAAUCGGUCAAGUAUAUAGUAGAGAAAAACUUGGAGUUCUUAUACGUGAACAAGCAUUAGCUGGAACAGUAGCAACAGAUGAAAUGAAUAUUAUUACUGGUGCAUUAGCUUUAACUACUAAAACUGUAGCUGAUGUAAUGACACCAUUAUCUGAUGCAUUCAUGUUAUCUUAUUCAGCUAAUUUAGAUUUUCAUACAAUGAAUGAAAUUUUCUCAAAUGGUUAUACACGUAUACCAGUUUAUGAAAAUGAUCGACAAAAUAUUCGAUCUGUAUUAAAUGUAAAAGAUUUAGCUUUUAUUAAUACAGAUGAUAAAGUUCCAGUAUCAACUGUUUGUGAUUUUUAUAAUCGUUCAAUUAUCAUUGUAUUGGAUACAACUAAUUUAGGAAUGAUGUUAAAAGAAUUUCGUCAAGGAAGAGCUCAUAUGGCAUUUGUUGAGCGUUUAGUAACAGAAGGUGACUGUGAUCCAUAUCGUGAAAUGAUUGGUCUAGUUACACUCGAAGAUGUUAUUGAAGAAAUUAUUCAAGCUGAAAUAGUUGAUGAAACAGAUAUUUUAACUGACAAUGUACAUCAUCAAGUGAGACAAGUGCGUAAAAGAGAUUUUCGAAUGUUCGGUUUACAUGAUUCUCAAGGUAAAUCAAGAUUAUCACCACAAUUGAAAAUUGCAGCUCUACGGCAUUUAGCCUCAGAAGUGAAAUCAUUUGAAGAGAAGUAUAUUUGUUAUUCUGUACUACAAAGUUUCCUUAAUGCAAAUAUUGUUGGUGAAUGUAUUUACAAUCCAAAAGAUGAUGAAGCAAAUACUUUGUAUCAUAUGGGUCAAUGGUCAAAUUAUGCUAUUCUUUUAUUGCAAGGACGUGCUAUUGUUCAAAUUGGUGUUGAAGGAUUAAUUUUUGAAGCUGGACCCUUUCUUAUGUUUGGUGAAGCUGUUUUAAAACGUGUCAAUGAAUUAUUUCCAAAUCCUUCUGAAAAUAUGGAUCCAUCUAUUCAAUCAGCACGUUUAGCAUCGGAAGCUCGAUUUCUACCUGAUUAUACUUUAAAAGCUUGUUCUAAUUUACAAUAUUUAAAAAUAUCAGCAGAACAUUAUCUGUUAGCUAGACGAUUAACUGUAUUACAUCAACGGGCUAGUUCACCUCUUGAUGUUACCGGUAAAUAUCCAAUAAAUUUAUCAGAAAAAUUUCAUGAAAUUAAAUCAUCAAAUGGUUGUAUUGAUUCAUUACAUCCAUCUAUUUUUUAUGAUGGUCAUGAUAUGUUUCAGAAUGCAUGGAAUCAUCAUAUGAAUCGUUUACAAAAAUCAUCAUUAGCUGAAGCUUAUGCUUCUACAAUUAACAACAAUAACAAUAAUCAUGUUAGUAUUAAAUCAAUAUCAUCUUCACCAUCUUCAGAUUGUACAAUAAAAGCGGCGACAACAUACUCUACUAGUACAACUAAUACUACUAAUAGUACUACUCCGGACAUAUCAACUGUAAUUAAUACGACAAGUCGUAAAACCAUAAAUAAUAAUAUUAAUAAUGUAGAAAAUGCUAUUCCAGAUAGUACUACUUAUAUAGUUAGUACAGCCUCUUAUAUUGAACCUCAUACUACAGUUAAUGAUAGUAGAGGCAGAAGUGGUAGUAUAAAUAAUAAUAAGACUGAUAAAAACAAUCCUCAUCAUCAUAACAACGGUACAACCGGUAAUCAUACUAAUGACAGUUUUAACAAUACUACUACUUCUACUACUACCACUACUACUCCCAGUAACAGUAAUAACAAUAAAGCUCCGACGAAACUGUAUGUCUCUUAUGAAGAUUUAAAUAAAGCUAAACCUGAAGAAUUACAAGCAUUUGUUCCAUCUAUUGUAAUUAAUACUAAUAUGAAUAAACCUCUUCCUAAGUUUAAUGAUGGUGGAGAUGGACGUGUAUGAUCUAUAGCUAUCCUUAGCCCUCCUACCAAAACACUAUUUAGUUAUUCAUUGAUUUACAUCUGUUGUCAAAUAUUUCAUUUUGAUUUGCCUUAAUUUAUAAUUAUUCAUAAUAUUUCUCUAGUCUUCAUAAUUAAGCUACUCAAUUAAAAUCUGAACCUUUUUUAUUGCUUCCUUUCAAUAGUUAUUACAAUAGGGAUCAUUUUUUUUUUAACUCAGUUUUCCAUUUUUCUCUCCUAAUGAUUAUUCCUCGUUUUAUUGAUUGUGAUUCUUAUAAAACGAAGCUCAUUGCUAUGGGUGCAAUUACUCAGAUGUUGCUCAUUGUUUUACUGUUAUUUUUUUCAUAACACUCAUUUUUUUAAAAAAAAUUAUAUAAAGCAAUACUAUUAACACUACUAAUAUUAAAACAAAGCAUCAACAAGCUUGUUGUUCCACAGAUAUUAUCUGCAUUCAUGCAUUCUAUAAACAAUUGUAAUGUAAACAACAUAUACAUACGCACAAAUUGUACUUUGUUAUGAUUACAAUCCAUACAGACAGUUAUACAUUCUUUUCCUUUCUUUAACUAACGUCUUGUUAGUGUUAUCGUCGUUGUUCUCUUUCAAUCCUCAACUUUUCCACAAUUCACCUUCUCUUAAGUAGUGCAUAAUCUAUAUUUAUGUAUAGAUUAUGCUCUGUCAAAUUCUCAUAUUAACUCUAUGCUUUUCUAUUAGUACUUUCUGUUAUGUUUAUUCUUUGUUUUCAUGAAUUUCACUUCAUAGUUCACUGUUCAUUUUCUCACUGAAUAAAGCAGUGAGAUAGUUUAUCUUUUUUUUGUAUUUAUUUUCUCGCACAUACAUACAUACACACACGCACACACAAUCCUUUUCCACCCCCUAUCGCAUUUUUCUCUCUGAUUGUUUUCCUACAUUUUUUUUCUACUUUGACAUGCAUUUUCUGUGUAAUGGAAUUGUUCUUGUCAAUAUGCCCAAUAAUUGAUAAUAACAAUAAUUAAGAAAAAAAAAAGAAAUAGGGUAUACAAUGUAAAUUCACUAACUUUUGACCUCCUUUCCGUUGUUUAUUGCUCACUUCUGUUUCUUUUGUAUUAUUCGCUUCUUUUCUUUUCUUUUUUAAAUCUUCUUUAUCUUUUCUAUUUUUCUCGAUUGUUUAUUUAUUUAUUUAUUUUUCAUUUUCUUUUAUGUUUUACAGAUUCAAUGAUGAUUUGAAUCAUUUAUCUAUCAGGCAAUGUGAAAAUAGAUGUGUUUUCUUCUUUUGUUUUUUCGAAAUACUUUUGCCUUAGAAAUUAUUCUAUCCUUAUUAUUACUUAAUCUAAUUAAAAGAAACUUUCUGAGGAAGAAUAAGUUUGAUAGACAAUAGAGUGAGGAGAAGAAGAAGAAUCAAGUAGAGUUAUAAUUGUACAUAUUGUAAUACAUUAUAUAUAUAAUUAGUUAAUUUGAUAAAAAAUAAUAAACUCAACUAUCAUUGUAAAUGUUGAACAGUGUAUUUAUGAUUAGAAUAAACCGUUAGACAAACGGUUUAAUAAAUAUAUAAUAAUAUCAAAAAAGGGUUUUUGUGGAUAUUAUAGUGAUUUCAAUAGUUGAGAUCUGUGAGUCAAUUGAAGAUAGACCAUCAUGGGAAACCAAGAAUCAUUGGACGACCAUUUCGUCUUAUUGUGGGACUCCUCAGCAGUGUGUAUCCAAGAUACUGCCCUCCCCCCGCAAGAUUCGAACCUAGAACCUAUUAGUCUCGCGCACGGACACUUAACUUCUGAACCACUGAGGCAGCAUUCAAUGGUGUUAAUUUCUAACUUCAACUAAUCCACGCAAUUGAGCGUUACAUUCAAGAUUGUCUUCAGUGAUUUACUAUCUCUCAAUAUAUCUGGUUGAACCCCACUGUUCACUGCUUCUUACUAGCACUCCAGGAAAUAUCUCUUGAAACCAGUCACUAGUGAGCAUAUGCUGAUUAGUAUCAGAAGGGAUUUUUGUGGAUAUUAUAGUUAUUUCAAUUGUUGAGAUUAUGAGUCGAGCUUCAACUGACCAAUAAUUGCAAAGUUCACGCGAAAUCCGUGAUCAGUAGAGUUCAGCCAGAUCAGUUGUGAGGUAGUAAUUCACUGAAGACAGUGGUGGAUGUGUCGCUCAAUUUCGUGGAUUACUUAAAGUUGGAUAUUAACACUACCGGAUGCCGGCUCAAUGGUCUAGAGGUUGAGCGUUCGUGCGCGAGACUGGUAGAUCCUGAGUUCUAAUCUCGGGGGGGGGGUGGUAUCUUGGAUGAUGAGGUAAUCAUUCGUCAUUAUUCAGACUUUUAAGGUGGGUCGAUAUUUUUCACUGACAUUGUUUUAUAUUGUACUACAGUCCUUCAUGUAGUAUUACCAAGAGUGGCUAUAUCACUCGUAACUUGUUUAAUUGUAUAAAUCAUUACUUCUCAGUCUGUAUUCGAAAAGUUUAUUUCGAAGUUAAUCACUAAUAUUUCUUCAAAUUGAUCACUAUGUGAUAAAAAUUUAUCCAAUAACUUGUAGUCAUUAAUACAAGGGAUAAAGUAUAUAGUGAAUUCUUUCAACCACUCAAUGAUCAGUUUGUUAAACGACCAACUUCUAUGAAUUAAGCUUGGAAUAAUAUUGUUAUGAGUUUAAGUGGGUUGAGAUUAUGGUAUAGUUCAGUAGCUAACAUCUAGUUUAUGUCAUAAAUUUAUUAUUUUUGUGGAAAGGUAAGUUUUUUUCUGCUAUGUUUGGAGCGAUUACGAGUUCACCUAGUCUGCGAACGGAAACAAAAACUCUGUGACCAAAGAAUAAUAAGCUAGCUAUUCUGAUGCGUCCCAGCCCCGCUAACUAGAGAGGGAGAGAGAAGUCCAAGUUUGAAACAGUGAAAUAUGUUCCUCAAGCAACCAGAAACACGAGCGAUCCCAACCCGUCGAGUUGGAAAUACACCCAUCUAUAUAUUGAUUCAUGCACCCAUUUUUGAUUAAUAAUCAGAAUACAUCACAUUUAUGAAAAACAAUUUAUACAAGAAUGUCGUAUGUUAUACAGAAUAAAAUGUCAUAAGGAUAAAGGAAACAAAUACCAUACUGAGUGAUCAUCAAAUUGAAUUAAACAGAAAUAAUGUGGAAUAAAAAUCAUAAUGAGUAAAUUAAUCUAAUUCGAAUUAUACUCGCUUCUUGGUGUUAUUUAUAUUUGGUCUAGUAACCAGAGGAGCACAAUUCAGCAUUCAUAUUAAACAUGGGAUGAUAUAGUGUAUUAUCUUUUUGUCAUCUACAAUAAGAUUUACCAUUUAGAGGUGUUAAGCUACUGUUAAUUUGUUACUGACUGCUCAGUUACCCAACACCAUUUAUUUUAACAUUUAACAGUAAAAGACAAAUCAGAGUUUAAAAGAAGAGAUGUAACGUUUUGAAACGUUUGAGUUUAUAACCAACUGAAUGAUAGUUUGUAUUUAACAUACUGUUUAUUCUGGAC